AUGGCGAACGACCGACGCGCUUCUUCUGUCAAUCCGACGACGCAGGAAGACAAUGCUAUGUUUCUUGAUAUACUGCAUGAAGCUCCUCUCUUUGGUCAUCGAGAAUCUAGGAGUCUUGUUGGAAGUUGCAUUUACCUUAUCAUAUUGGCAGGUUAUGCUGUUUUAGCAGCAGGAGCACCGUGGAUACUUCAACCUGUACAGUCUUGUAUCCCAUCAUUGCUUUGCAGCUGCAAUGUAGCUCUAUUGAUGUUAACAGGUAUGUUUCAGCAAUAUUUUGUUAAUCAGGUCCAGAAAAUACGGCUGCAGGGUUAUUACAGCUUCAGUCAGAAAUUGAAACAUGUAGUUCGACUGCCAUUUGCCAUCAUGGCAUAUGGAACUGCAUCUAUGCUGCUCGUCAUGGUUUGGAGACCAUAUGUCAGUGUUCUUCCCAUUUUAACUGUGCAAAGGUUCAUCAUGUCUGUUGAAGCAAUUUCCGCUGCUUCGUUUAUGAUUGUAUUUGUUGUGAACUCUCAGCCCGAUGUCUUAAAUUCAUUAUAUUCUCCCCUUCAACCAGCUGCUUUGGAAGGAUUGAGAUAUCAUGAAGCCGGUCGCCUUUCUGAUCAGCAAAUGGCACUACUGCAAUAUCAGCGCGAGAAUCUCCAUUAUCUCAGUGAAGAGAUUCUGCGUUUGCAGGAGUCAUUGAGCAAAUAUGAAGAGUCCAACGGUAGUAGCACUCCUCAGGUUGAUCUGGCACAUCUUGUGGCGACUCGUGAUCAGGAAUUACGAACACUUUCUGCUGAGGUGGAUCAACUCCAUUCCGAGCUUAGUCUUGCUCGAUCUCUGAUCUCUGAGAGAGAUAGAGAGAUCCAGCACGUCCGGAAUACCAAUAAUCAGUACGUGGCAGAAAAUGAGAGGUUAAGAGCUAUUCUUGGAGAAUGGAGUAUGCGAGCCGCAAAGCUUGAACGAGCUCUGGAGGUAGAGAGAAUAUCAAAUCUUGAGCUGCGGAAGAAAGUUUCGGCUCUCAGAGACCAGAAACUGAUGUAA